AUGACAACUAGCAUAAAUUCAGUAGUUACUGUAUUUAAAAACGUUUUUACUAAUCAUGGUAGUACACUUCUAAAUGGUAUUCUUAUUGCAACAACAAUCGGAGGACAAACGGUGAGAUCAUACAAAACAUCAAAUACUUAAUUCUCUUAUUAUAAACAUUUGAAGCUUGUUCGAAAACUGACAUUUUCUUGUCCUUGUGCUUAUCCAUUAAAUGUUUAUCAUUCAUUGGUUUUUAUGUUUGGACCAUCGAUGGCACUUUUUCUGAUUGGAAUUACUGUAAAUUCGACUACUUGGAAAAUGGCGCAUGGAACAUUUUUCAGGUAAAGAUUUUAUUAAAACUUCACAUGAUAAAAUUCCAAAGUGGUUCUCAAAAGUUCUCAAAGACAAAAGUAAUCCCAAAAUCCAGUAAAACCAAAAGAACCGAAAAUGUGAAAAUCAGAAGUCUCUUGUACAGUAAGAUUUUUACCAUUCUCGAACUUUUCCGAAUUAAAAAAAAUUCGAAAUUCUAUGUUGAAUAAAAAAUAAAGAUCAAAUCACAGGAGGACGGAAUUGCUGUCCUACUUGUCCUACCCGAUGUUUUUAAACGGAAGUUUGAUGAGUUCAUUUAACUUGAUUCCCUCUUAAAAAUCAAUAAUGUGAUACCCGACAACAAAGAAAAAGUAGAAAAACUGAAAAAACUUAAAAAUGAGCAAAAUAGAAAAACAGGCAUUUCAGUUUUUCUUCAGCGGGUAGGACAAGUAGGACAGCAAUUCCGUCCUCCUUCAAAUCACGAAACCCCUCUUCUAACUUAAAUUUGUAGAGUUAAUGCAACUCGACAUAGUUGCAAAACAACAUGUGCAUCAUGGAUCGAAGUUAUAAUUCAAUCAUCAAUUGCUCCAAUUGCAUGGCUUUUUGUUGUAUUUUUAGAUGGCGGAUAUUAUCGAUGUUAUCGAUCACAUGAAUAUUGUCUUAAAUCGGAAGCUGAACUUUGUCGAAAUUUGACAAUUUUAGCAACAUACGAAACUUCAGCCGCAUUUCAGACGAUAAGUGAUAACGGAAAGGUUGGUUCCUUUAUUAGCUCUUUUCAAAAAAUUUGAUGUAUUUUAGUAUUGUCCCCCGUGUAUUUGUUCACCUUCUUCUACAGAUACUUCAUAUUUAGAGGCACAAUCUCAAAUUUAUGCUUGGAUUUUAUUGAUUUUCACAGGUGUAGCUGCAUUUUUAGGUAAGUUUUUUAAAUUCAAACGGUAUUAAAAAGAUGUGAAAUUCUAGUAAUAUGUUGCAAUCGUAUGUGUGAUAAAUAUACAUUGGUACAAAGACAAUAUGUCGAAACUUAUAAAAACGAAGAGAUUCUUAAAUUCGAUGCGGUUGCCAAAGUAAGGGAGAAAUAUGUUUCAAUGCUUAUUAUAAAACUUUUUUUAAGGAACACGCAUCUCAAUUGGCUGAACAAAAUGCUCGAGCAUUUUUCACACAAAAAAGAUUGGACGAAAAAAGAUUGGGAUUGGGUGUCUGGAAUUCCUGA